GUGUUGCUCUGGGUUUCUGGUGUUUGAGUUGAUCUCUGCAGAUAACAUUAACAUACACAGUUGAUCACCUCAACUUCUUCUCUAAGCUUGCUAUAAUGGCUAAUGCAACGGAAGCCAGCGGUGAUCGGAAGAAUCCCAAAAUUCCGAUCGAAGGCCGCAGGAACAUAUUGAUUACAAGUGCGCUGCCUUACGUUAACAACGUUCCUCACCUCGGCAACAUCAUCGGCUGUGUUUUAAGUGCUGAUGUCUUCGCUCGCUACGGCCGUCUCAGAGGUUACAACGCUAUAUACAUCUGUGGGACUGAUGAGUAUGGCACUGCCACUGAAACUAAAGCCAUGGAAGAGAAUUGCACUCCUCAGCAGAUUUGUGAUAAGUACCAUGAAAUUCAUAAGGAGGUCUACAAAUGGUUUGACAUAAGUUUUGAUGAGUUUGGGCGCACGUCUACUCCGCAGCAGACUGAAAUUUGCCAAGAGAUUUUCAGGAAGUUGUUGGAAAACAAUUGGCUUUCUGAAAACACUAUGCAACAGCUUUAUUGUGAUACUUGUAAUCGUUUCUUAGCUGAUCGUUUUGUGGAGGGAACCUGUCCCACACUAGAUUGCAAUUAUGAUUCUGCACGAGGAGAUCAGUGUGAAAAGUGUGGGAAAAUGUUGAAUCCAACAGAACUAAAGGAUCCUAGAUGCAAGCUAUGUAAGACAAGUCCAUGCAUUCUUGAGACUGACCACCUGUUUCUAGAGCUCCCAUUGCUGAAAGAUAAGCUGGAGCAGUAUAUAAACAACACAUCAGUGCCUGGAUCAUGGAGUCAGAAUUCUAUCCAAGCCACACAUGCAUGGCUAAAAGAAGGAUUGAAACCGCGAUGUAUUACCAGGGACCUUAAGUGGGGGGUGCCUGUUCCACUUGAGAAAUUUAAAGACAAGGUAUUCUAUGUGUGGUUUGAUGCUCCAAUCGGAUAUGUUUCAAUCACAGCACGCUAUACUAGUGAUUGGAAGUUGUGGUGGCAGAAUCCUGAAAAUGUGGAACUAUAUCAGUUUAUGGGCAAGGAUAAUGUGCCAUUUCAUACUGUAAUGUUUCCAUCUACGCUUCUUGGGACUGGUGAAAACUGGACACUGAUGAAGACAAUCAGUGUCACUGAGUACUUGAACUAUGAAGCAGGAAAAUUUUCCAAAAGUAAGGGAAUUGGAGUUUUUGGUAAUGAUGCGAAGGAUACAAAUAUUCCUGUUGAUGUAUGGCGAUAUUACUUGCUAACAAAUAGGCCAGAGGUGUCAGACACCUUAUUCACAUGGUCUGAUUUGCAAGCAAAACUGAAUGCCGAAUUGCUCAAUAACUUGGGAAAUUUUAUUAAUCGAGUGUUGAGCUUCAUAGCGAAACCUGAAGGCCAAGGAUAUGCUUCUAUCAUUCCUGAUGCUCCAGGUGCCGAAUCACAUCCCUUGACCAAGAAAUUAGCAGAAAAAGUUAGUGAUGCUGUUGAUCAAUAUCUUGAAGCCAUGGAGAAGGUUAAAUUAAAACAAGGAUUAAAGACUGCAAUGGCCAUUUCUAGCGAGGGAAAUGCAUAUUUGCAAGACAGCCGAUUCUGGAAGCUCUUUAAAGAAGAUCUAGCUUCCUGCAACAUCAUUGUAAGAACUUCAGCUGGACUUGUAUGUCUGCUUGCGACUUUGUUAGAACCUUUUAUGCCAUCUUUUACAGUUGAGGUAUUAAAGCAGCUAAAUUUGCCUCGGUCACAUCUAUCGCUGUGUGAUGAGAAAGGAGAUAUUGAUAGGGCAAGAAGACUUUGGGAGGUUCUACCUAUUGGUCAUAAAAUAGGCAAGCCUGAACCUUUAUUUAAGGAACUGAAAGAUGAAGAUGUGGAGUUCUUUAGGGAGAAAUUUGCUGGAAGUCAAGCUGAUAGAAUAGGGAAGGCAGAUGCUGCAAAUAAGGUUGUUGAGCAACUGAAGAAAACAAAAAUUUAG